AUGGCAAAGGAUCAGAGCACAUCAGUGAAACAGGAGCCCGCUAAGAUUGUCAUUGUCGGAGGAGGUAUCGUAGGCCUCAUCUUUGCAAUGGCUGUCAAGAGACAUUGUGGUAUCACUUGUGAGAUAUACGAAAAGGCUACCAAGUUCUACGAUGAGGUUGGUGCGGCCCUUGGGAUGUAUCCAAAUGGGCUUCGGGUUAUCAGAGACAUUGAUCCAGAUUUGCUUCGUAAGAUCCAAGAGGCCGGAGCCCCCUAUGUGUAUAGGCGAUGGGAACGCCAUGACGGAACCGAGAUUGCCGCAGCAAAGGAGGAUGAACUCACAGAAGGAGACUGGGAGCUAUCGAGUAUUGGAAUCCGCCGAUGGAAGCUUCAAAAGGUCCUCUUCCAAGCGGCCGUGGGAAUGGGUAUCCCCUUUCACUUUUGCAAGGCUACCAAGGACGUGGUUGUAAGAGAUGAUGGAUUGGUCGAUGUCCUCUUUGAAGAUGGAAGUCAACGCACAACGCAGCUUCUCUUUGGCUGUGAUGGAGCCCAUUCCAAAGUUCGUGAGGUUGUGGCAGGAGAUGCCACUUCUCUGGAGUACACGGGUGUGACGUGUCUGAUGGGCAUUGCCGAAAACUGUCCGGUUCAGCAGGAAGGAAUCUCCUUCCCCAGUUCUCACACCACCGGUUGUCAUUCAGUCUACUUUCCUACUGGCCCCAAUGAACAAUGUUUCCAAGUACAUUGGCCCAUUCCUGUUGAACAGGCCAACAGUGGCAACUGGGGCAACCUGACAGAUACAAUGUCCAAGCAGGAAUGCCAAGCUCUUGCCAAGAGAUUGGAACAAGAUGGUUGGCAUCCUCGCUUUAUUGAGCCACUCCAUCAUGUUACCCACGCUGUCCGCGUUGGAUUUGCCUUGAUGAAACCCCGCUUGAAGAAGUGGGCGUACGGCAAGAACAAGCGUGUGGUUUUGGUGGGCGACGCUGCCCACCCGCCAGUUCCAUACAUUGGCCAAGGAGCUCAGAUGGGAAUUGAAGAUGCGGGCACCAUGGCCUGGCUACUCAAGAAGUUGUGCGUGGACUACAAGGGUAACUUCACACUCAAAAAAUUUGACAAGGCAGUAGAAAUCUACGAAAAGAUUCGAAUCCCCAGAACCAGUCACAUCUUGGAUUGCUCCAAAGAGCUGGGAAAGAUGCAGGAGCUACGAGAGGACCUGAGUGCUCGCGAAGACCUGGAAUUGAUGAUCCAGGGCGAGCUCAUGAUGAAUGGCACACUGCCCGUCAUGUUUCAGGGUGCGUCCCAUCAUUACAGAAUGUCCGCAGAUAAGGAAUUGAGAAAGUUCGAGUUGGAAGAAGAACGGAAUGCUAUUUCGGCAUACAUGCCAGGAGUCUUUGAGCUGUCAGAUGCUGAGUGCAAAAGAGACGCCAAGAAAGAAGAGGAGGAGAUGCGCCUGGCGUUCGAGGCAAUGAUGUACGGUGGUGCCCCAUGCCAAUGAUAGCACCUUGUUUUCCAGCAUGAUGUACAUGCAGCCAGCUAGGCAGCAAAAGGAUCGACGCACCGGUACCAGUGCCUUGUUGUAUAAUAUCUGGCUAAUUAUAAAUCCAUGAAUUUGCAUGAGG